GUGAUACCCACCAUUCCUUACUCCUUUCCGAACUUGAGUUCCAUCUGGCUGUCGUCGUCAAACAACUGCGCUGAAGCAUUACGCACGCGUGUUAAGCACAACCAAACAUGUUUUAAGCAAACCUCGGGCAUCGGUCAGCUCCCCUGCGAGCGGCCUGAAAGGGCGUCAACAAAGCGCCAAAUGGCAGCAGCCGCGUCAAUGCUGCCGCCAGUAACAGAUGCGUUGAGCCUCUUGGACGUCAGCUUUGUGAACAAUGAAUGGCACGGUACCCCGGCUACAGUACGGCGCAGCAUACAAAUACUUGUGGACCACAUCUCGGUCCAGAACGUUCAGCUUCAGCGUGUGGAAGACAUACUGGCGGCCUUUGGCAACCCCACACAGCAGGGCGGGACCGUGUGGAGCAAGCUAGGCCAAAAGGCCGACCUCAGCCGGGUUGAGACGCUGGAGACUCAGCUGGAUGGCCUACUCAGCGAGUGCGCACAACUGCGUUCAGCGCAGAGUGCAGCCAGCCACGCGCACGACGACGUGGUGUCGCGUGUGGAGCUGGUGCGGGACUCGCUGGCCAGCCUGGAGGCGAGGCUGGGGCUGCCGUAUGGCUCCGACAGCAGCACCGCCGGGCUGGACCAGGCCGGCGGGCGGGGCGUCGGCCUGGCCUCGCCCAGCAAGCUAGCGGUGGCGGCGGCGGGAGGGCUGGUGCACAGCCUGCCCACGGGCUCGGUCAUGGACCGCUUGUCGCGGCUGGAGCGGCGCGCGGACGCCCUGGCGGAGAUGGGCAACAAGGCGGAGGACGAUUCGGCCAUGCUGAUGGCCAAGUUGCGGGAGCUGGAGCCGCGCAUAGAGGUCCAGAUAUCGCACCUACGCGGCGACAUCAAGCAGGCGCUGCAGCUGGCGGCGGCGUCUUCGCGGCUUGAGGCGGAGCAGGAGAGCAGCAUGCGCGUCAAGGAGGCGGAGAAGCGUAUGCUGGCGCGGAUUCAAAGCGUGGAGUCGGUCCUGGAGGGCAGGGUGUCUGCUGUGUCGGCUCAGGCCGGUAUCACCAUCAACACCGAGCUGGACAAGCGGGUGGACGCGCUGUACGACCACGUGGCGGCGCAGGUCCAGCGGCUGUGCUCCGACAUGGACCAGCUGUCGCGGGACAAGGUGGACCUGUCUGCGCUGGAGCACUACUCGAAGCGCGUCAGCGGCCUGUUCGAGGGCGUGGCCGGCAACCUGGCGGACGAGGUGGCGGCGCUGACAGGACAGCUGCGGGCAGAGGUGGCAGCGGUGGCCAAGGAGACGGCGGCGGCGCGCGAAAAGGACCUGGAGCUGCACGGGCGGGUCAACGGCGAGAUGCAGGACAUGCGGCAGCUGGCGGCGGAGGUCAAGGAGGCCAUCGCGUCCAUGCAGGAGACGCUGUCGUCCACGCCACGUGUUGUGGAGGAGACGCGGUCGCUGGCACGGCAGGCAGUGUCGGACGUGGACCAGCUGCACAAGGCCGUGGCAGGCCUAAACACUGCCAUGACCAGCACCGGCAGUGCGCUGGAGCUGCAGUCCAACAAGCUUGGCCAGCUGUCGCACAAGCUCAACGGGCUGCACCACGACCUGGCCUCGGUGAAGGACACGGUGUACGGCAGCGCAGCCACCGCGGCGGCGGCACUGGAGCAGGAUGGCGGGGGCAGCGGCGGGCUGUUGGGAGGCACCUCCCUCCUGUCAAAACUCGCCAACUUGGACCGGGCCAUUGCGGACAUCUCGGGGGCGCUGAGCAUCAAGGCGGACGACUCGCUGGCGCGUGAGCUUGAGCGGCGCGUGGCGUCCCUGACGCGGCAGCAGGACGUCACGUCGGAGGGGCUGCGCAGCCUGUCCGCCACCGCGUUUAAGCGCUCGGACGAGCACGCGUCCCAGAUCCAGCGCCUGACUCUGGCCGUGACCGGCAACCUCGAGGAGCGGCCCACCAACACGGCUGUGAAGCACAUGGUGGAGACGGCGGCGCUGGAGGUGCGCGAGCGCUGCGACAACGCGCUGUCGCCGCUGUGGGAUGCGGUGCGCAUCCUGCAGUCCGGCCUGCGCGACGCGGCGGGCGAGCUCAAAGCGGUGGGGGCCAGCGUCAACAACCUGCAGCAGACACAGUCGGACUCGCGGGCGAAGCUGGCGGCGGAACGCUCAUCCAUCAUGGCGGCCCUGCGCAAGGCACUGGACGACGAGGUGGGAGCGCUGCGGGCGCAGCUGCAGGAGCGGCUGGAGGGUGUCGAGGGCGACGUGCGCCAGACCGUGGAGCAACUGGACCUGCACGCACAGUUGCAAGAUAAAAUGACGCGGCUGACGUCUGCGGUGGAGGAGCAGCUGUCCACCCAGGUGGCCGCAUGGCGUGCGGGCAACCACCAACUGCGCAGCGACCUAAACGGGAAGGUGGAGUCCGCUGCGGCUGGGCUGGCGGCGCGCGUGGAGGCCGUCGAGGUGACCUGCCGGCAACACACGCAGGACCUGCAGGCGGUGACAGAGGCGGCGGCCCAGAAGCCCAGCGAGGCAACUGUGCGCGAGAUCGCCAACACCAUUGCGCGGACAACGUCCAAGCAGGAAGUCACGCGGUACAGCGAAAAGGAUGACAUGAAGUGGCAGGUUUGGCUGGAGCAGCACACACGGGCCCAGGAGCACCUAGUGACGCAGGCCGACCUGACCACCGCGCUGGAGGCCUCGGCCCGGCAGGUCAGGAGCGAGCUGGACAGCGUCGCCACCACACGCACCGACGAGCUCCGGCGGGCGUUUUCAUCGCUCCGGGGUGAGGUGGACGGGCGGCUGCGUGCCACUGCCAGCCGUGUGGAGGUGGCGGAGCUGCGCAUCCAGGACUUGGAGGCGUCGGUCAACCAUUGCGCCAGCAAAAAGGAGCUGGAGGAGCUCGCGUCUUCGUCCAUGUCGCAGCGGGCGGACCGGGCGGGGCUGGAGGCGCGGGUGCGGCAGCUGACGGAGGAGGUGGAGGACACGGCGGCGGGGCUGUCCGUGCUGCGCGCCGAGGCGGUGACGCGCAGCGAGAUGGUGGGCGAGCUUGCGCGCAAAGUGGAUCUGGCCACGUACCUGGCGCAGGGCAGCGCGCGAGCAGCCGCCGCGAGCGCUGGGACCGGCCCACGCACGGUGCAGCGGGGCCGGCCGGGUGGGGGAACCGUGCUGACAGCUGAGUGGGCGGCGGGCGGAGGGCUGGCCGAGCUCGAUACCGGCGUGAACUUGCCGGGGCCCAGGGGCGAUUAUCCCUGAUACGCCCUGUUAACGAAGUGCUUGCGAGUGAAUGCGAAUGCAAGACGCCGUCGCGAGCUCCAGGCUUCGAGACGAGACACCGGUGGGUGGCCGUGCCUCGGAUGCUGGGAGAGCUGGAGCAGGCGCAGCGGCAGCAGCUCGUGUGUUGGAGCGAAUGCGCCUGGAAUCUGAUGCUUAGGGAUGUGGUCAGGGUGCUGCAGGCGGCCGCGUGGACUGCGAGGAGGCAGCAAGCCUUCCAUGGUUGGGGGGCGUGCCCGUAGUCCAUCAACACCGAAUGUGACGCCCUUCUGAAGGUCGCAAACGGGGAAAUAGUGUAGCCUUGAAAUGUUGCGCAUGUCGGCCCAAGCAGCGCUUAAGCAAAGCCAGCGUUUUGCUCGCCAUGAGGUCGCGAGUCAGGAUCGGUCCGACGUGUAAAAAUAUUGGUCUCGUUUCAUUACUCGACAGGUUAUCUGUAUUGUACUUUUCAGACACUAUCAAUAUCAUGCUUGCCUCUCGCUCUGUCCAGCGUGUUUCAGUGACCCGGCGCCAGUCGCUGGUAGUGACUUGCUCCGGAAACGGCUAUUCGACGGGUGUUUUUCACGAAGGCCAGAAGGUCAAGGUGAUCGCUUCCGUUAAGGUCUUCCAUGCGCCGAAGCACCACGAAGGCAUGGACCUGAAGGGAAUGGAGGGCACCGUGACAAAGGACGUCACCCACUUUAAGGGCAAGACGCUCUCAGCGACGCUUCCCUACCAGGUUCAGUUCCUGGUGCCGGGAGAGAGCGACACGGAUAAGCACAUGAAGUUCUCGGCUCACCUGGCUGAGGACGAGAUUGCUGCGGUGUAAAGUUAGAGGCGUGGCGAUAGGCACUGCUUCAACGGAAUAAGCUAUUCGGCAGGCAAGCGCUUUCCCAGUUGGGCCGCGGUGUUGAUGGUAUUGAAUCGGACGCACACUUCCUGCACCAGGUUGCUGUGGACGGGUUGAACCGCGGCGGUGGGUGGCUCGGUUUCGGGGUGCGUAUGGGGACUGCACGCCGUGGUGCGCGUGGCCGUGCAUGUCUGCAUUGUAUCAGUGUUGACGUGAGCUGAACGCGUCAAAAGCAAUGAGGCGGAACGCGAUGGGAAGCGCACUCACUGUGUGUCCGUUUUGGGGUGGAGAGGGGGACUAGGAGCGGUGGGGGCGUGGUUGCAUACGGCAGAAGACAAAUCCCGUGUGUCUGCUAGGCUUCACAGCUGCUGUUGUGUAGAGAGUGAUGGCAUACGAGCUAGAAUGCACAACGGACUUGCUUGGAGCAGUUGUAUGUGGCAUAUACCCCCGGCUUCCGUGAACGUGAUGGCACUGGUGAUAGUUCUCGAGUUAUAACAACACACAUGGUACUUACAUGCGGCUGCCAGGUUUGUAGGGUAGUUUGGCGUGGUGUUUGGGGGGAGAUGCUCGUGACUCGUGAGUUGUGGGGCAUGGGUGCCUGGUGCCUUGGCAUGGAUGACAUGACACUGCAGGCGCAGGACGGGCUAACCCAGAACCAUCAAUUCUUUAAUACACUACCAG